AUGGAUCCAAUUGGAAUGGAAGAGGCAAGAAUUCGAGCGAUUCAACUUGCUUGUAAAGUACUUUUGGGGAAUCUUACAAAAAUUACGAGUUUAAAAUCAUUUCCCGAUUUGUUCCUACGCCUCUUUGAUUUAAUGGACCAAUUUUUGGAAGAAAAUGCUUGUAGUGAUUUGCUUGCAGAAGUUAUACAAGAAUCUUUGAAAAAUUGUAUUCUAGUUUGUGAAAAUUUUGGAGUUUUUCAAGGCCCAAUUGAAGGAUUAAAAGCUGAAGUAAGUGGGAGAUUGGAAGCGUUAACUGUUAAACAUUCAAAUUCUGCUAAUUCAAAAAUUGCCUUAUAA